UACUAAUGGCCCCUUAGCCAAUAGUCAGCUGACGUCCACGUGGUUUCCACUUCCUCAAUCAAAUCUUGAAUUGCGUGUGCAAUUGUUAUUUCCGUUUAUUGUUUCUAAAUAACCAUCAUUGCUAAUUGUAGUUUAAUGACUUCAAUACCCAGGAUGGAUAAGAGCCAAAAGCUCGAACUGCUGCGAAACGCAAUUCAAUCUUAUCCUGAUUUCCCUAAACCAGGUGUUGAGUUUCGAGAUAUAUUCGGCGCAUUCCGCGAUGUGGUAGCAUUGAGAGCAAUGAAAGACUUGAUAGUGGAACAUGUUUUAUUCCUUGAAAUUGAUUUAGUUGUAGGAUUGGAUUCCAGGGGUUUCCUCUUCGGUCCGAUGAUUUCUCUAGAAUUAGGGAAACCUUUCAUACCAAUUCGAAAGAAGGGCAAACUUCCUGGAAAAGUUAUAGAAAAAGAUUACAGUCUUGAAUACUCAGAGGAAACAAUAGCGAUUCAAGUGGAAAGUAUACCCAAAGGAGCACGUGUACUAAUUGUCGAUGACUUACUAGCAACAGGAGGCACUAUGAAUGCUGCUAUAGAAUUAUUAGAAUCAUUGGGAGCCAACGUGGUCGAAUGUUUAGUAAUAAUUGAGUUAAAUAGGCUAAAAGGAAAGGAGAAACUCAAUGUACCUGUUCAUUCGUUUAUUCAAUAUGAAUAACCUUCUUGAGGUAAUGUGAGAAACACACACAAUCUAAAAUUAAAAAAUGCUGCAAUGUACAUCUUACAGCAAGUCAUGCUAUUCUUAUAGCUAAGUUAAGAUUAUUAUAAAUACAAAAUUCGAUACUUUUGUACAUUUAUAUAAAAACGUGAGACAAUUUUAAUCCCUUGUACAGAGAUUCUUUAAUAGUAUUUACAAAUUAUAAAUAUUAUAAAAGAUUGUUCAAUAAAUCUAUACAAUCAUUUAUACGAUCAA